AUGGUAACAAUACAGCGUCCCGGUGGGACGGAACAAAAAAAGAGAAUAUCUGGACUGAAAGGUUUCACUUUCAAUCCAGAUUUUGCUGUGGAUGAAGAUCUCAAGGUUCAGCAGAAUAUCAAGGUGGCGGUCAGAAUACGACCACUCAGCACAGUCUCUGAAUCAUCACCGAACAACGACAACGAAAAGUCAAAGGAAAAGACAGCAUGGGCACUUGAAAAGUCGGGAGCCAUGGACACUCUAGUGCAAAAGGGAAUGACGCUAAAGGUUGAUGGAAAAUCAGUAUUUCGCUUUGAUUCUGUGUUCGAUGAAGAAACUCAAACUCCAUUAGUAUACAAGAGUAUGGCGAGAGGGAUGGUGAAAACUGUUCUAGCUGGGAAGCACGCAACGCUAUUUGCGUAUGGGCAAACGGGGAGUGGUAAAACAUUUACAAUGCAGGGCGACGGGAAGAGAAGUGGUGGCCAAGCGGGGAUUAUUCAGUUGGUCACUUCAGAUCUAUUUCGUUUUAUGAAACAGGGGAAAUCGACAGAUCGGGAAUUCGUUGUUAAGGUUUCCUAUAUCGAGAUUUACAAUGAGACGAUUCGAGACUUGCUUUCGGAUGAUGCUGGUAGUACACAGUCACAUGGAUCGGCUCCACCUCCUAAGAGAGGGCGGCGUGGAAGUCACUUGGACAGGGUUAACAUUCGAGCGACUGCUUCAGGGGAAGUCGUGAUAAAUUCGAUACAGAACGAGGUGAAAUCUGCUGAUGAGGUUUUGGAGUAUUUGAUUGCUGGCAAUGCGCAACGAAAGGUCGCCAAGACCGACAUGAAUAAACACUCCUCUCGAAGUCACGCAGUGUUCAGACUUACAGUGGAAAGUCGACCCAAGGAGCCCGGGGAAGGUGGAGUUGAGGAGAUCGUGCGGAUAUCAGACUUCAACUUGGUUGACUUGGCCGGUUCUGAAAGUGUGAAGAUGUCAGGUACAACUGGCAUCCGUAAACGAGAGGGUGCAAAUAUCAAUCAGAGUCUCCUUUCGCUUUCAACAGUGAUUCAUUCACUGAGUAUGCCGGAGAAGAAACGACCAAAACACAUCAACUACCGAGAUUCCAAGUUGACAAGAAUGCUUCAGCCUCAUUUGUCAGGGAAUGCAGAGAUUGCGAUAGUAUGCUGUAUAUCACCGAGCAAGGCGUAUGCUGAAGAAACUCGAACAACUCUCAGAUUUGCCUAUCGUGCAAAGUUGAUUCGUGUUACUCCAAAGGUGAAUGAGAUCCUUGAUGAUGGUGCAAAGAUAAAGAAACUUGAGAGAGAGCUUGCGAAAGCAAAAAAGAUGAUCGAAGAACUACGAGGUCAGCCUUCUUCUCCUUUGGGUUUUAGUUCUUCCCAAGCUUCAGAACCGCUCCAGAAUGGGUCUGCUGAUAAAAUUCGAAGUGCUUCCAUUAAUACGCUCCAGAGCGGAUCAGUUGAUGAUUCACUUCAAACUGAGUCUGUGAAUACGCUGCCGAGUCGGAGUCGGAGCGGAUCUCAUGAUUCAGAUGAAAACUCCCAUGCCCUCUCAGUUGCUGAUUACGGCUACGAUGAGAUGGCGCAAACGAGAAACUAUGUAAUGCCCGGGCAAUCUCCUAUACCGGUACCUCCAGAAUCCUCUGAUGGCAACGAAAAUAACUCGCAACUCAAAGAGUAUACAAUGCCGCUAAAAUCAUCGUAUGAUUCCGAUGACGAGUCACAGUACGAGGAGCUGUUGCCUCGUGAUGAUUUUAAACUAGAUGCCGUGGGCGAAGUCGAGGCGAGGAAAUGCGUACAGAAGUUUAUGAAAGGCAAAGACUAUGGAGACUCAUCAACAGAGGGAGAUGUGAUGUUCGAUGCUUCGUGGGAUGAAGAUUCACAAGAUAGCCUUCCUUACUUGGAUGUGGGUGUGAAGAAAGAGAGUACCAAUGCAACGACAAGGACGGAUGAUGAAAGCAGCAGUUAUGAUGGCCCACCGGCUAGUUACAAAGAUGCAUCUUUCAAGUUUGGCACUAAAUUGAGCCGCCCUGAUACCUUGGGAGUAGACACUAUUCCCGAGAAUGAAUCGAAGUAUGGUACGCAUGAUGGGCAAGACGGCCGAACAAACGAAAUAUCCUGGGACACGAUGGGGUUAGACGCCAAUCGUCCCGAACAUGUCGGGCAGCCUCUACGCGCUCUAAAGAGUUUGGCUGAACAAGACUUGCCGAUACCAAAAGAAGUGACCAUCAUUUGCGCUUCUUCCGUGGACGAAGAACCAGGGCUGAAAGAAAAGAAUGAAGAUGCAGUGAAGCAAGUUGCGUUCUUGAAGGCUAAGCUUGAAGGUGCCGACGAUAUAAUCGAAUCGGUCUUCAAGGACUUGGAACGGGCGCGACUCUGUAUCCACGAUAUGGUUCAUCGAAACGUUCAACUUGUAGGCAAACUGAAUGAUAAAAGGAGGCAAGACGUCAAGGAAGAAUACGAGGAAGGCGAGAUAAAUGUGGAGCAGUAUUGGCUGCUUAAAGGUUCCAUGUACGUUGGGCUCUUUUUCUUUUUCACUGGUGGCUAUGAACUGUUCAUGGCCAGUGUGAUCUUUAUUUGGCUGAUGCUAGAAGCCAAUUUAUCAUAG